ACAGCAGUCAUCGGGGAAUAGGACAUUGUUUCAAGAGAAUCUACAAACUGCAUGAACUCUUUUACCAAAAUGGCUGGACCAUACUUACCCUCUCUGCCUGGAGACUUGCUCACUGAAUACAUGUUCGGAAGAAGACGGCAAAGGAGAAAUCGAACUACUUUCAGUCCACAACAGCUACAAGAACUCGAAACUCUCUUUCAAAAGACGCAUUACCCAGAUGUGUUCUUGAGGGAAGAGGUUGCUCUUCGGAUAAGCUUGUCGGAAGCAAGGGUUCAGGUCGGCAUAGUAUUAGCUCUCGAUAAUGAGAAACUGUAG